GGGCAGGUGGCUGUGCAGCCCCUGUUUUAAACCCUUGACCCAGUGCCUACCUGUUUGAGCGAAGACAGGAGGCAACCGGCACCACCUUCAAGAGGAAGGAAUAUCUACCACAUGGGACCACUGCCUGAUCCAGGCAUCUCGAAUAUCGACCCAAAGGUUGGGCAACAAUCGACAUCAACUCAACUGACCGACUCUGCGGCCCUUCAGCAUGGCCCCUGCUAGGAAACGGCGUCUCCCCGGGGACGACACCUCUUCCUCGCCAGAAAAUAGUAAGAGAAAAUCAACGAAGAAAAGGAGGAAGGGUCCAGUACAGGCCGACUCCGAGGUCAUAGAGAUCCCGUCGCGCGCGCCGUCUCCGUCUCCGGCGGCAUCGUAUCAAGCCCAGCUGGACAAGGAGAGCCGAGGAGGUUCUAACGCAGUUAUCGCGAGAGAUGAGCAAUCGUGUAGUCUCAUGGCUGGUUCCUCACUCACCACAACUGUUUCUGCUGAUGAUCCGGCGGGUCCGUCAUAUGACGUGUGCUUCGGAUUGCUCAUAUUAGAGGCAACCUGCCAGUACCGGGAAUGGGAUCCUCCUCCAGAAGCCGCUCCUGUGCAGAUCUCCUUCCACGACAACAUAUUGUUGUUACAGUACGAGGGCAGCGGGAAACGGGCUGGACUUCUAGUCUCGGAAGCCCUAUCACGACUCGUCAAAGAGUGCUCUAUAACUCUGGUCGCAACCAUAGGCACGUUUAACGGGCAGCGGCGCUCCGACCCGUUGUCGUUCUCCUUGACUUCCGUCCGAACACGUCCUCUAAGGGUCAUCGUCUAUGGUAUGCUCUCCGAGAAGGAUAAGGUCGCAAAUGUUCUAGAUGAGAGUGAUGUAUUCUUCCAACGCCCAGAAGGGUCCGAGUACGACAGGAGAGUAAGGUAUCUUAACCCCAUGUACCUCCUUCCUCCCGGAGAGGACAUGCCCAUAAUUGGGGGUCCUUCAAUAUCUGCGGGGCGGGGACAGAUGGCUGCGCCUCUCGAUGAGGUGCAACUUGGAGAGGUCGAGAGGAGUCGGGUACUGAGGAUAUUCGACGAGGCCAGUGGAGCAGAUUCAGAUGUUCCAUUUGAGGUUAAGCAGAGCUCAAGGAUUGUCUCAACACUAAAAGACCACCAAGUCGAGGCACUUGCCAUGAUGGUUGAAAGGGAACAUGGCCCAUUGGACAACAAACCAAGGUUUCCUUCUCUGUGGGAGAAGUCUGUUGAGGAAGGGGGGAUGAUAUACCGCCACGUCGUUACAAGUUCCCCUCAGGGGUCUCCUCUGCCAAGUUUACGAGGGGGCAUCCUAGCCGAUGAGAUGGGUUUGGGAAAGACACUGUCUACCCUGGCACUCAUCUGCCAUGACAUCGACAGGAUAUCUGGGCUUUCGCCAUCUCAGGCGAGCCGAGUGUCUAGAGCGUCGUUGAUAGUAACACCGAAGUCAACCAUCUAUGGAUGGCAGGAACAGAUCAAAAGACACAUCAAACCUGGUGGAAUACGCUCGUUCGUAUACCACGGGUCCAAAAGGCAAGACGCUGCCAGUGAGUUGCACACCUUCGAUGUAGUCAUCACCACAUAUGACACACUUCGUUCCGAUUGGACAGUAUACGGCCCUUUAUAUACUCAAAAGUGGGCCAGAAUCAUCCUAGAUGAAGCUCACAAGAUCCGCAACCGCUCCUCCAAGAUCUUCCACGCCACAUGCGAAAUCCCCGCGCAUUACCGGUGGUGCCUGACCGGCACGCCGAUCCAGAACUCGCUUGACGACUUCGGGUCUCUGCUUGCCUUCAUCGGGGUCCCACCCUUUGUGACGCGCGACCAGUUCAGGUUCUGGAUCUCGUCGCCCGCCCUCCAUAACCGGCAGCACUCGCUGCAGACGCUACGGAAGCUCGUGCGCGCAACCUGUCUACGCCGGACCAAGGCACUCCCUCGCCUGUCCUCGACGCUGAAUCUGCCCCCGAAGACGGAGCACCUCGAAAUCGUAGAGCUGGCGCCCGACGAGAGGGAACUCUACGAUUUCUUCAAGCGGAGGUCGUAUCUGCUUACCAACGAGAACUCGAAGCCGGGUCAUCCAAAGGCAGGUUCGAAGGCCAGUCGGGCCAAAACAGCGAGGCGGCGACCAAGAACUGCUGCUGCAGCGGAAACCACCGCCGAGGUAAUAACACGGCGCAGAAGCGCGGGAAACAUCAUCGUGCUGAUCUCGGUGCUGCGCAUGAUAUGCGACCACGGGGAAGCGCUGCUCCCUCGCGUCGCUCUCCAAGCGUGGCGCAAUCGCGACGCCGGCGCGGUUGGCUGGGGUGUCCUGCAGACGGCGGCUGAGACAAAGCGAAGUUGUUGCAUCUGUGGUCGGGGAAUCGACGGCGAGGAGGAGGAGGGCCAGAAGCAGGAGGCUGACGUAGUAGAGUUCUCGUGCAAUAAACACGUCGCUUGUGAAGCGUGCGUGGCAGCGCAUACGGAGGAUGAUGACGCGCCGCGGAUAUGUCCGGCGUGUUCGACUACUACCGAGGAUAUCUCGUCUGCGUCAGCAUCGCCGUGUAGAGACAGCCAGGUAUACAGCCCGUCGUCAAAGAUCUCGGCCCUACUGCGCAACAUCCUCCCCACCCUUAAGAGCAAGAAUGAUGCCGUUGACGGUACAAAUCCGCCAGUCAAGAGCAUCAUAUUCUCACACUGGACUGGCAUGCUUGACCUGAUAUGUGACGCCUUGACUCCACAUCUCUCGUUGCUCGGUGUCUCCUCUGCACGCAUCGACGGCCGCUCCACGUUACAGCAGCGUCGCGACGCCCUUGACAGGUUCAACUCCGAUGACGGCUGCGUGGUCAUGUUAGCUACUAUUGGGGCUGUAGGUGAGGGGAUCGAUCUGAGCGUCGCGUCCGAGGCACACGUGGUCGAGCCGCACUGGAAUCCCAUGGCCGAGGCGCAGGCAGUGGAUCGUGUGCAUCGGAUCGGUCAGACAAGGGAGGUGAAGGUCACGAGGUACUGUGUGCAAGGGAGUGUUGAAGAGUACAUCCAAUGGAUCCAGGCCAGCAAGCUGAGGCUUAUCAGCGAGUCUCUCUCAUCUGGGGGGCAGGGGAUGGACGAGAGGAAAGAAGAGGAAGAUCUUAUCGAGGAGCGAUGGAAGAAACUCCUCGAGUUCCUCAAGUAAAUUGGCAAAUGUACCGUACAUGAGCAUGGUUACAGCAGUCACAUCAAUCUCGUUUCGGUUUGCUUUUGGCGAUACGUGUUCUCUAACCAGUACCCACGAUAAGGGGUUUUCUCUGGUGCAUCUUGAUAUGGGUGGUAAAUGGGAUUCUUGUUUCUCUGAAGUCUGGCUGGUAAUUCCAAGUAUCUAUGUCCUUCCCAUAUUUCCCCGCGAACGCCUGUCACCUCUAUCGCAAC